UCCCUGCUCAGUGUGCGAGGUUCCCAUGACGUAAUCCUGAGACAGCUGUUCUCGCUGUCUCGCGAUAUUCCGCGAGGUGCUAAGUUGAAGAAACAUGGCGUCGUCAAAUUUGUUAAGGAACAAAGGGUCCCUGCAGUUUGAGGACAAGUGGGAUUCGAUGCGGCCCAUCGUUCUCAAGCUGCUCAGACAAGAAGCCGUCACCAAGCAACAGUGGUUUGACUUGUUCUCAGAUGUCCAUGCUGUGUGUCUAUGGGAUGACAAAGGCCCAGCUAAAAUCCACCAAGCCCUUAAAGAGGACAUCCUAGACUUCAUUAAACAAGCGCAAGCUCGGGUGCUGAGCCAUCAGGACGACACAGCGCUGCUAAAGGCCUACAUUGUAGAGUGGCGGAAGUUCUUCACCCAGUGCGACAUCCUGCCCAAACCCUUCUGUCAGUUGGAGAUCACGCUCAUGGGCAAACAAGGCAGUAACAAGAAAACAAACAUGGAGGACAGCAUCGUGCGCAAGCUAAUGUUGGACACGUGGAACGAGUCAAUCUUUUCCAACAUUAAGAGCCGCCUGCAGGACAGCGCCAUGAAGCUAGUGCACGCCGAGAGGCAGGGGGAGGCCUUCGACUCCCAGCUCGUUAUAGGAGUACGAGAGUCGUACGUCAACCUGUGCUCUAACCCAGAGGACAAGCUGCAGAUAUACAGGGAUAACUUUGAGAAAGCCUACCUGGACUCCACAGAGAGGUUCUACAGAACACAGGCACCGUCCUAUCUUCAACAGAACGGCGUCCAGAACUACAUGAAAUAUGCAGACGCAAAGCUGAGGGAAGAGGAGAAGAGAGCGCUCAGAUAUCUAGAGACAUGUCGUGAAUGCAACUCUGUUCAAGCACUAAUGGAGUGUUGCGUUAAUGCCCUGGUGAGCUCAUUCAAAGAAACCAUCCUUGUGGAAUGUCCGGGAAUGAUCAAACGAAAUGAGACGGACAAGCUGCAACUGAUGUUUUCACUGAUGGACAAGGUUCCCAGCGGGAUCGAGCCCAUGCUGAAAGACCUAGAGGAUCAUAUCGUCAAUGCUGGACUAGCAGACAUGGUUGCUGCCGCCGAGACAAUCACAUCUGACUCUGAGAAGUACGUGGAGCAGUUGCUGACUUUGUUUAACCGCUUCAGUAAGCUGGUGAAGGAGGCCUUCCAGGACGACCCUCGCUUCCUCACAGCCAGAGACAAGGCGUACAAGGCCGUAGUCAAUGACGCCACAAUCUUCAAACUGGAGCUGCCUUUGAAGCAGAAAGGCGUGGGCAUGAAGACUCAGCCGGAGUCAAAGUGCCCUGAGCUCCUUGCAAACUACUGUGACAUGCUGCUGAGGAAAACCGCUCUGAGCAAGAAGCUCAGCUCGGAGGAAAUUGAGCUCAAACUCAAAGAAGUGCUCUUGGUAUUGAAGUACGUUCAGAAUAAAGACGUGUUCAUGCGUUACCACAAAGCCCACCUGACUAGGCGCCUGAUUCUGGACAUUUCAGCCGACAGCGAGAUUGAAGAGAACAUGGUGGAGUGGCUAAGGAAAGUAUGGAUGCCAGCAGAUUAUUUCCACAAGCUGGCCGGGAUCUCUCAGGACAUCAAGGUUUCAGAAGACCUCAAUCAGGUCAAAGAGACGCACAAACACAACAGGCUGGCACUGCCAGCGGACAGUGUGAACAUUAAGAUCCUGAAUGCCGGAGCGUGGUCGCGAAGCAGCGAGAAGGUAUUUGUCUCGCUGCCCACGGAGCUGGAGGACCUGAUCCCCGAGGUGGAAGACUUCUACAAGAGGAACCACAGUGGACGCAAACUCCACUGGCAUCACCUCAUGUCCAACGGCAUCAUCACCUUUAAAAACGAGGUGGGGCAGUACGACCUGGAGGUGACGACGUUCCAGCUGGCCGUAUUGUUCGCCUGGAACCAGAGACCCAGAGAGAGAAUCAGCUUUGAGAACCUCAAACUGGCCACGGAGCUGCCCGACGCAGAGCUCCGCCGCACACUCUGGUCUCUAGUGGCCUUCCCCAAGCUGAAGAGACAGGUGUUGUCUUAUGACCCCCCCGUCAGCUCGCCCAAAGACUUCACAGACAGCACGCUCUUCUAUGUCAACCAGGAGUUUUCACUCAUCAAAAACUCCAAAGUUCAGAAGCGAGGAAAGAUCAAUCUGAUUGGUCGGCUGCAGCUGACCACGGAGCGAAUGAGGGAAGAGGAGAAUGAAGGAAUCGUUCAGCUCAGAAUACUCAGAACUCAGGAGGCCAUCAUCCAAAUCAUGAAGAUGAGGAAGAGGAUCAGCAAUGCCCAGCUGCAGACGGAGCUGGUGGAGAUCCUAAAGAACAUGUUCCUGCCUCAGAAGAAGAUGAUCAAGGAGCAGAUCGAGUGGCUCAUCGAACACAAGUACAUAAAGAGGGAAGAGGCGGACAUCAACACCUUCAUCUACAUGGCCUAGGCAGAGAGCGAGGGAGAUAGAGAGCUCGGCUGUAUUACUCCUGGCCAACCGCCGUUUUGAAAAACCCUGUGAGAGGAGAAGGAGCAAAAAGGUUGUGUGAGGGAGCGACGACGAGAAGUAAGGUGUGAUUUGAAGAAGGAGGCGGAGCCUUGUCAAACAAAAGUCGUCUGGAUAUUUAUUUGUGUUUGUGAGACGCCUGUCAGUGUGUUACGGAGGUGAGAGUGAGUCUGUUUCCCUGCCCUCUGGUGUCGGAUCAGAUCCGGGGAGAGAAACGCCGUCUGCGCUGAGCGGCUGAGAGGAAAAGAGCUGGUGACAAAAUAGAGUGAAAUACUUCCUGCCUUUCUUUGUCAGUCAGGAACUGUGGAGGAGGAAUCACGAGGAGGUCCAGAAGGACCAACGUAACUAGCUGAUGUCAAUCCUUCGCUUAGACUUAAUGCCACAGCUGCCAUCUUUGCGGCAGACAUUUUGCAUAUCUCCUUCUCUACGUCUUUUUUUUAACUGGCAAUGCAAAAAAAAAAUGAAAAAGCUGCCAUUGAGGAGGAACAGACACCGAUGGAGACAUUAAAACUCCUGUUGAGUAUUUUUGCCAAAUUGUGUGUGUGUGUAUGUGUGCACACCUUCAACAGCAUGCUGCUCUAUGAUUUUUUUUUUUGUUGUUCGUUGGAGGAUCUGUCACACUUGGUGGUUGCGUCUAAGAACUUUGGGAAAUCCUGACCAGCCCCCCCUUUUUUUUCUUCUUCUUCUUUUGUCUGUCAACGGGUGAACAACUGUUGUCCGGACAUCUCUCUUGUUUGCGUUGGUAAAUAACCGGACUGCAGACUAUUUAUUUGGUGCCCUGUGAACAUUGUGAGAUUGAACACCAGCCGAAUGCAUCAAAGAGGAACGAGAAGCAGCUGCUCCCAUGUAAAACGGAUUCCUGCAACCCCAAAUCUUCUCCUCAUGAAUCCACUGAGAAGGUCGCUGUCAGCACGGUGUCACUACUGGGAAAACUUUCUGAAACUUAAAAACAACAGAAAUGUGUUUCGCUAAGCCAUAUUCUUCACGCCAAAGUGUGUCGUGAAGUCCCGCUGUAAGAAAGAGAGAAACUCAUCCCGACCUUCCGGUGAGGCUGAUGUGAUGCCACAAUAUGUUUUUACUUUAUUGGGCGUUUCAGUGAUGAUGUUUAGCUAACGCUAAAAAAAUGUAUAAAUAAGUACCCAAACCCCCCCCCCCCCCAAAAAAAGUUGAAUUCCCCACAUUAUAACUUUACAUUUGCGAGGGGAGGCCGCUGCUCGUGGUGUAUUACGGCUGUAGAUGAUCAAAUCACAUGGGGAAAUACUCUUGAUCCCAGAAUUGCUCAUUCACACACUGAUGACAAAGAACUCAGAGGCCACCUUUUAAAAGGCAUUGCUGUUAAUUGGGCCUUGUUAUUGAGAGCGGUGGUUGGUAGUGUGAAGCAGAGCCAGUGAUACAUUUCCUCAGACGUCUGCCACGAUAAAAUAAAGCUGCAUUGCUGCCAAAAAUCCUCCAUCAGAGAGCACAAGUGAAAAUGUUUCCCUUUGAUGGUGUCUAAAGACAAACACAGCCAGCCUCAGCUGGAUGUUGGACGGCGGCGUAGCGAGAAACCAAUAAAAGAAGAAGGAAAAGUUACUAGGACUGACAAAGCUCACCCAUCAUUCGAAAAUGAGAUGUUCAAUAUUUAACAAACUACAUAUGGAUGAACUCCAGGGUUUUCCUUUUGUACUUAUAUGCAUUGGAAUUUCAAAUGAAUACAUGCCAAUGGAAAUCUCGAACACUAAUUAUGUCACAAUUGACCUUCAUGUGAACUGCUCCUUAAUUCUGGACAAAAAGACUAGUAUGAAGAUUAACCCGUAGGUGGCGCUGUGAUCCUCGCUGUAUUUAUCACAGCUUUUUAUUCUUUGCUAUCUGCUGCAAAUCCCAAAUUCUCCAAAGAAAAAUGUGCGACAUUAUUCAAUUAUUUUUAAUUAGUUUUCCAGAGCUGAGUACUACUGCUGCAGAAAGGGUGGUAUAAUAAGAAAGAUGAAUCCGCUGCACUCAGAUCAGAGCCGGUCAGACAGACUGCGUUUAAAAAAAGAACGAGGAACGUUCAUUUGUCACCCGACUUCGGCUGUGAUCUGACUAUGUGACUUAAUUUUGUGUCGUUCUGCUCUGAUAUUUUUUUUUAUUUCCUGUUGAACUGAACUUGCGAGGAAGAGGAAAGACAACAGUGAAUGUGUGGGAUUUAAUUUUAAAAAGUACAUAUAUUUAUUCAGUAUUUAUGAGAAAUAUUACUUUCAUUCAUUAAAAUGUUUUUGUUUCUUUUUUCAUGUUUUGUCUUAUAACAAUUUUUUCUCAGUGUGCAUCCGUUGUGCUGACGCGGCUUUUCUUUACUGCAACUCUGUCCUCUGUUUCCACUCCAACUUUUGAGAAAAAGUUGUUUUUGUUCUUUUAUGAAAAAGUGUUUAGCCGAAUUUGAUCUCCACUUUUACCAAUUUUGAUUCACACCUGCAGUUUGUCCAAAUGCUGAAACGGCAUAUGAUCUUGUGUUCCUAAACUUCCAAAACUCAACAACUACACAGCUGUAAUGCUGUUAACUCCACUCAUGUGAUCCUCCCAAACAAAUCAGUUAAAAUCCUAAAAAAAUGAUUAUCUUGCAUCCUAUCGCCUCCAUCCAGAACGGUGACUAGUGGAGGAGUCGUUUGCUCCUACAGAAAUGGGGCUAGAAUGCAAAGCAACAGAAAAACAAUCUUCUACCAUGUUGGAUUUCCACAUCCUUUCACAUAUGAUUAAAAGCAGCCAAAUUAAAGAAUAAGGCAUUCUGGGAAAUGUAGGUUAUUAUUAAAAUAAUGACAAUUUGUAAGACAUGCUGGGGGGCAAAGUUGAUCCAUCAAUCUGUCCUAUACCUCCACAACUCUUGGAUGGAUUGCUACCAUACAAUCAGACGUUUGUGGUUAACAGAUAAUGAGCUAUAAUAACAUGCUCUUUUUUUCUGUGUGACAACGUCCUGUUAAAGUUUUAAUUUGGCCAAUACUUUUUGCUUGUGACCAGCUACCUGAAGAAAAGGCGUUCCCAUAAGCCUCAAUUUUACUCUGCGUUUAGAGCUGAUCAGCAAAUGUAAGCAUGUGAGCACUCAAGCCUCAGAGUGGUAAACGGGGUAAACAUUAUGCCUGCAUGAUAGCAAUGUCUCAACUCUUGUCGACAUUGUCUAAAAUGUGUAAAAUCGAUUGUAUGCCAAGAAUUAACGUUCUCUGCUUAAUAAAAGCAGGAUUUACCAGAACAGCUGGAUUGCAUCGCACCAGUCAGUAUGUAUGUGUAAGUAAUGUGGUGGCCACUGAGUUAAGAGCUCUUUUUUAAAUGUAGAUUUAAGUUUAAUUUCAUUUUUAUUUUAAUAUUAUCUGGUCAUCCUAUUGAAUGACACAACUGGAAGAACCAAAGUCUUUAACAAGCUGCACCGAAAAUAUAGUUUCUUUUUUGUAAAGCAUUAACAGCACAAAAAGGUGUCAUUUCCCUCCUUGGUAACUUUUUUGAAAUAUUGGAACUGCUCUUUGUUUUACUGCCCCUAUUUAUUUAGCAUUUUGUUUAACAAUAGAUCCAUGUGUUCUGUCCAAUCAAUAAUCAGUAUUCGCUCGGGAAGCUGAAACCUCUGUAGACAUAAACUUCAAAGUAUUUCCUUUUUUUUUAACCUUUGGAGCUGGCUUUGGUUGCUAUGGUUACUGUGUUUUCCUCCCCUGGAUCCCCCACUCCCCCCGUACCCGCCCUCUCAUCAGCACCGGCCUUCCAGAGGCGGCCACUCUUACCUGUAGCCUUGCGUCAUGGCGACACUUGAACUAAACACAGUCGGUUGAAGCAGACGUUUUCCACGGCAUCGAGUGAAACUGUGGAGCGUUGUGUUGGUGGUGGUUCAACUUUGAUGUGCCGCUUUUUUCUGCUUGUUACAGACUUUUUGGACAGCUAAGUAUUUUAUUUCCUGGCAAAAAUAAAACCGUAAACAACUGUA